CUGAUGCUGGCUGGGGAAGCGGUGAGAAGGAAGGUGCCUGCACUUCUCCGUCCCAGUGGGAGCAAGCAGUGCGGUUGUGAUGCCCAUCCCCAGCAAGCACCCCAACAUCGGCCGCUCGCAGAGCUGGGAUGCCGCCGGUUGGUACGAGGGCGCCUGGGAGGGUGAGAAUGCUUUCGAGUACCAGAGGCCGCCGGGCCGGAGGAGCUCCCUGACCUAUGGCGGUGAGGGCGGCUGGUAUGAGCCGCCGGGCCUCCGUGCCAACGAUAUCAUCUUGCAGGGCGGUGCGGAGCUGAAGCAAGAGGCGUACCCCUACCAGGAUGCUGCCUUCGCCCCGGGGCCCCUCAGGAAGGGCUCUGUCCCUGACUUCACCUACUGUGACCGGCAGGCAGUCAUGGCGGGACGGGGCACCCAGGAUUACUACAGCGACCCGUCCUUGGCCGCUAGGUCACCCAAGGACCCUCGUUGCUACCAGGCAGUGAGCCGGCCGCCGGCAGGCUACGGGGCUCCAGGCAGCCGGCUGUCCUGGGACCAGGCUCCGGGCCGCCCGCCUGCACCCCCAGAGGCCGCCCGCCUCUACAGGGACCCCAAAAUGGCCAUGGAUGGGCAGCGACUGCGCAACAGGGACGUCUCGCCAGCACGGUACAGCACGGAGCCCCCUGGCCUGCGAUACGGAGCAGAGCCACCGAACUUCCCUGGCCGUCCAGCCUAUGGUGAUGGGGCUGAGCGGCCUGCCGAGGUGGCGGGCAGCAGACAGGCUGUCCCAACAUGCUUAGUGGUGGAUCCCGCUGGUGGCUAUGGGCCGGGUCGGGAGGGCGCCAGCACCAAGGGCCCCUACGACAGCUAUGAGACGAUGGCGGUGGCACCGACCCACCCGCCGGUGCCUACGGCCUUCCCCGGGCAGGAGGGGAAGAGGAGCUUCGACCCUGAAUUUGUGGCAUUGCUGCGUGCUGAGGGUGUCUCGGAGAGCACCUUCGCCGCUCUGCUGCAGCAGGGCUUCGACUCGCCCAACCUGCUGGCCAUGAUGGAGGAGAACGACAUCAAGUCGGUGGCUCCCAACCUGGGACAGGCACGUGUGCUGUCACGCAUCGCCCACAACUACAAGGCCGAAAUGCAGCUGCAGCGGCAGGAGCGGAGGAGCGGAUCGCUGCGCCCCAGGACUCGCUCCAACAGCUUCAGCCACCGCAGCGAGCUACCGGGCGACUACGGGCUGAGCGUGGGCUCAGGACCGGCCGCUGAUGGCCUCGCCGCCCCACAGCCUCCAUUGCAGCCACCCUCCCCGAGGGCCGGGGAGAUGCACCGGCGGCCAUCCAGCGCCCCGACCCAGCACCUACUGGAGACCACCUACCCCACCGGCACUCCGCAGGGACCGCAAUUCCUCUCCAAUUCUGGAUACAACACUCCCCUGCCUUGCAACAUGCACCCACGGCCGACGUCCACCUAUUCCGCUCCUUCUGGCACACCCAUGACCACGGCCAACCCGCAUGCCAGCCCCAAAACGGCGUACCCGACCACCUACACUGUGCCCAUGGAGCUGAUGAAGAGAGAGCGGACGGCGGCAUCGCCAGCCCCCAGCCCACAUGGCAGCCCGCAGCUCCUCCGCCGGCCGGGUGCACCCGGGGACAGCAGCCUGGCCCCAGCCGGCCCCGCAUUCCCUGCACAGCUCUCCCCGUAUCCGAAGCUCAGCAGGCGCACGGGGCCUCCUGUCAUUGUCUCCACGAUGGCAUCGCCCGAACCAAGUAUCCGUCCUCAGAUCAUGAACGGCCCCAUGCACCCUCGGCCCCUGGUGGCACUGCUGGAUGGCAGGGACUGCACAGUGGAGAUGCCCAUUUUGAAGGACUUGGCGACCGUGGCGUUCUGUGAUGCACAAUCAACUCAGGAGAUCCACGAGAAGGUAUUAAACGAAGCCGUUGGGGCGAUGAUGUACCACACCAUCACGCUGACUCGAGAAGACCUGGAGAAGUUCAAAGCCUUGCGGGUCAUUGUUCGAAUAGGCAGCGGCUACGACAACAUCGACAUCAAAGCAGCAGGGGAGCUCGGAAUCGCCGUCUGCAACAUCCCCUCGGCUGCCGUGGAGGAGACGGCCGACUCCACCGUCUGCCACGUCCUCAACCUCUACCGACGGAACACGUGGCUCUACCAGGCGCUGCGGGAGGGCACGCGGGUGCAGAGCGUGGAGCAGAUCCGGGAGGUGGCCUCUGGCGCUGCACGGAUCCGGGGCGAGACGCUCGGCCUCAUCGGCUUCGGUCGCACGGCGCAGGCGGUUGCGGUCCGAGCCAAGGCGUUCGGCUUCAACGUGAUCUUCUACGACCCGUACCUGCAGGAUGGGAUUGAGCGGUCCCUGGGAGUCCAGCGGGUGUACACACUGCAGGACCUGCUCUAUCAGAGCGACUGUGUCUCGUUGCACUGCAACCUUAACGAACACAACCACCACCUCAUCAACGACUUCACGAUUAAGCAGAUGAGGCAGGGAGCGUUCCUGGUGAACACGGCACGCGGCGGGCUGGUGGAUGAGAAGGCCUUAACUCAAGCCCUGAAGGAGGGUCGGAUACGAGGGGCUGCGCUCGACGUGCACGAGUCGGAACCCUUCAGUUUUGCUCAAGGCCCAUUGAAAGAUGCUCCUAAUUUAAUCUGCACCCCUCACACGGCCUGGUACAGCGAGCAGGCGUCGCUGGAGAUGAGAGAAGCUGCUGCUACCGAAAUCCGGCGCGCGAUCACAGGGCGCAUCCCAGAAAGCCUAAGGAACUGCGUGAACAAGGAGUUCUUUGUCACAACAGCUCCGUGGUCAGUAAUAGAUCAGCAAGCAAUCCAUCCAGAGCUCAAUGGUGCCACAUACAGGUACCCGCCCGGGAUGGUCAGCGUGGCACCAGGAGGAAUACCAGCAGCCAUGGAGGGCAUCAUGCCCGGGGGCAUCCCUGUGACUCACAACCUCCCCACGGUGGCACAUCCUUCCCAAGCUCCAUCUCCGAACCAGCCCACAAAACACGGCGACAACAGGGAACAUCCCAACGAGCAAUAGCAGAUAAUUUUAAACAACAAAAUCCUUCAAUAAACUUGGGACCAAGAGACGUUGGAAAAAGAAGUUAUACACGAACUAAAAACGAAUUUGAUACGAAAUUUGUAACGUUGAUUUUUUUGGACAGAUGCAUCAUUGAUGUUCCAGUGUUACCGACACGGUGAUAGCAGCCAAGACUGGGAAGAAGCCCUGAAGAAGGCACUGCUCACUGAAGCGCUGAUAACUAAGAUGUGAUACGUUAAGGACCGAAAUGAUCGACCUCUGUUAUUGUGUGUUAAGUUUCCUUCAUCUGUGCAUCAAUCACAUGAAUAAAAAUCCGAUUUUUUUUCCCCUCCCUUCCUUGGGAAGAACAGGGUGUCUGCACCUGUUUCCAAACAAUUGCAUUAAGCAAUCCUUACCGAGUUAACAUAGAAAUGGAAGAGGAAACCAUGAUGUGGCUUCAGCCCUUUCCUUACUCUUGUUUCUGGUUACCUCUGACAGCAGGAGGCACCAACACUGGCUUAAGCAGCGGAAGAAAAAACCAAUGAAAUUCUUUGUGCAGCCUCCCGGGGCCCAUGUGUGCCAGGAGUGCUCCUGCUAGGCUGGGGGCAGAGGGCUGGGAGGGCAGAGGAACGAAGCAGCAGCUCCUCACUGCCCAGCUCUCAGUAACGUAGCUGUGCACACAUCUGUGCCCUGCAAUGAUGCAAGAAAAAAAAAAAAAGAAAAAAAAAGAAAAAAAAGAAAAAAGAAGAAAGUAUUACGUUUCACACACUAUUUGUACUCAAAUAUAUUUUCUCAGUUUUAAAUCUGCAGCUAUUUUAUCAAGUGGAGAAGUCUUGAGCUGGAAAGGGUUCAAGAAUAAUGUUGCAUUUCCUUAUGUCUCAGGAAACACUUUUUAUGGUAACUUGUCAGACUGUCUAUGAACAAAACCCACUUUUUUAGACAUUGAUAAAAGUCUUCUUUUCUUCACGUGAUAUUUUAUACAAGAACACUUCAAAAUGUGUUAUUAGACGUGACUGAUUUUAACAAAUCCUAUUAGGUUUGUAUCAACUAGUUACAUGUUAUAUUCAUAGUCUUUUGUGAAUCAUCGCCUUUUUGUUUUUGAAACGAUGGCCUCUUUUGAGCCUUUGUAUGGGUACAUUCCUGUUUCUGUGACAAAGAAAUCUUAAGCUGUCCCAAACAGAAAAAAACCAAUGGCUAUCAGCAGUAUGUUUUGUUUUAGUGUGUUACCGUUACUGUAUUUGUUUAUUGUAAAGGUGGACAUUUAGCGUUCAGUGCAGUUUUCAAUAAAAAGUGAUAAAAUUUCUAUAA